AUGGGGCCUAUGAGAGUUAAGGCAGAAUAUUUGCAGGAAGAUUUGUCCCUCUUGGACAAAAAUGAAAACGUGCAAGCUGAUUCACAACGGCUUCGUCUUCUCGAGAAGAUGCGGCAUUGGUAUCGACCGAUAGCCUGCAACUGGUUGCUCAACAACAAUGACCGUUGGCAGCACUGGGUCCAAGGUCAUACGCAGAAGCAAGAUCUUUCAAUCAUUGGCAUGUUUGCACUUUACGGAUCUUGGGUUAUGGGCGGAUUAAAAGACUGUAAGCUUUAUUAA